UUCUCUUUAGGAAUAAUUAUUAUCCCCUUUCACCAUGGCCCACCUGGGAGCCCAUUUUGCCUUUAGAUCCCGCUGGCAGAAGACCGACGAUGAACUCUGUCGACAUAGCAUGUCCUUUAUCCUUCACAGAGCCAUUCGCAAUGACUUCUUUCAGAGCUAUCUCUACCUGCUGGAAAAAAUUCCCCUGGAUCUGAUAAAUAUCUGUCAUAUUGGGAUUUCUUUUCAUUGGAUUCCUGGGUUAAUUUCAUCGUCUUUCGUCACAUAUCUUCUCUUGAUUUUAACCCUCAUUGGGCUGGAAUAUAGCUCCAAGAAACUUCUGAAGGAUGAAUCCAUGGGAGUUAAACUGUAUGCUUUAACAAGUCAAGUCAUCAAUGGUGAGAUGCAGUUCUAUGCCAGAGCUAAACUUUUCUACCAAGAAGUACCAGCUACUGAAGAGGGUAUGAUGGGAAAUUUCAUAGAACUGUCCAACCCAGAUAUCCAGGCCUCUCGGGAGUUUCUUAGAAAAUUUGUUGGGGGGCCUGGGCGAGCUGGGACGGACUGCGCCUUGGAUUGCGGCUCUGGGAUAGGAAGGGUCAGCAAGCAUGUCUUGUUGCCAGUUUUCAACAGUGUGGAACUGGUGGACAUGAUGGAAUCGUUUCUCCUCGAAGCCCAGAACUACCUGCAGGUCAAAGGGGACAAAGUAGAAAGCUACCACUGCUACAGCCUGCAGGAAUUCACACCCCCACUGGGCAGAUAUGACGUCAUCUGGAUUCAGUGGGUCUCCGGGUACCUGACUGAUAAAGACCUUCUUGCAUUUCUUUCCCGGUGCCGAGAUGGCCUGAAAGAAAACGGCGUCAUCAUACUGAAGGACAAUGUGGCUCGGGAGGGCUGUAUUUUUGAUCUCUCUGACAGCAGUGUGACUCGGGACAUGGACAUCCUCCAGAGCCUCAUUAGGAAGAGUGGGCUGGCGGUACUGGGCCAGGAGAAGCAGGACGGCUUUCCAGAGCAGUGCAUCCCAGUGUGGAUGUUCGCACUGCACAGCACAGACACUCCUGACCAGCAGUGGGAAUGAAUGACUGGACUUUGGAACAGAGGUGCUGUCCUCUGAAGUGCCCCUUGUAAUUCGUGGAGAGAUGGAGAGAAGGAAUGCAAUGCAUGUUUGAAAAUAAUCGAUGUAGUAUGUACAAGUUUCCACUAAUUGUAAAAGUACAUGCACCCUGUGGAUUUUCCAAAAGAUAAAUGGAGUGAAACAUCAGGAAAAAUUUUUUAAGAAAGUGCUUGUAUACACCUCAACUGUUCAGUGUAUACAAAAACAGAAGAGGGAGCAAUGUUCACAAAUUCUAAACUGCCUUGGUCCCUGAAGGUUUGCAUUAUAGAGUAUUGCAGGAUGGGUGGGGUAAAGUCCAGACCCCUUCCUCUGCCCUCAUCCUAGAUACAUUAUCCUUCCUUCCUCUUUGGGACUACUACUUCUCUUAGACAAAAACCUCCCACUAAUUAAGCAGGCACCAGUCAAAAUCAUCUUAUGAAAACAAGUCCAUUACUUAAUUUUGUCUUUAGCCUUUCUCUUAAGAGAAAAAGCAUAUGGUUUCGCUUUCUAUUUUGGGUCAGUUUCACCACCCAGUACUGUAAUAUGGAUGUAAUUUGAUAACAGAAGUCUGCAUUUCAGUGAUGGGGACGUGUCUCCUUUCAGGAGAAAAUGUUGUACCCUUGAAAUUUCAGCUGUGAACAUAUAGGUAAAUGUCAUUGAUAAUCUAAUUUUAGCCAUUGGCUUCCAACACUGCUUGGUUCAUUGCAGCUGCUCCUGUUUCCUUGACUGAUAUGACUGUUCACUGGAAAGAGAAAGGAAAUGGUAAACCUGAAAACUGAAAUAGCUGGAUUAAUGGAAGGCAUUGGUUUAAUUAAAACUAUUUAAAAAUCUUUCAAAAGCAAAGUGUAAUUAAUUUUUAUUAGCAGAAUGUUUAAAAAUAACUGCUAUUGUC